AUGAGGGUGGUUAGUGUCAGUACUGUACUGCUGCUAGUGAGCCUGCUGUCUGCCGUCGCUCUAGCUAGUGAUGGGAGUGAUCAACAGGGGCGAGCAAAGAACGGGCAAAGAGCUGUGGAGGAGCUGCUGAGAGAAUUGGCCGAAGGGGAUGAUGCGGAUGAUGAUAAUGAUGAUGAUGAUGUUGACGUGAGUGACGGAGAAGCUCUGUAUCACGCAUCGAAGGAAAGCUAUGGCCGUGAUCAAGAAAAAUUUGGCGAUGAUGAGGAUGAUGGUGAUCAGUGGCGGACGCGUGAGAGUGGAAAUACCGAAUACCUUGACGAUGAUCACGAUGAAGACGAUGGUGACAGCGACGAUGAUUACAAACGACUUGGUGAAUUUCGGAAGCGUUUAAAGGCACUGCCAUUUAUUAUUCAUAGAUUUGCACCACCGGUUGCCGUCACGCUGCCCAGAAUUUCUCUGGAGAAGUUCAUUUUUCACCAACCUACUGACUUUCCCAAACCGUUACCUUUAAUUGCCACUCCGGCUCCUCCAACCAAUCCACCAUCUAGCCAAGCCGCCGUGGGAACGGUUCAAACAACCCAAAACCAGCUAACCCAGAACCCCACAACGAACCAAGCCAUAACGUCACCGCAAGAAGAAAUCAUUGUUCAAACUGAGCCCCGAAUUUUACCGCGCGUGCAGACCAUGGAAGAGGCAACACCUGCUCCCACCAGACCCCAGCAGUCGUCACCUGCACGCGUACCCGCCUCCGUACCUGCUACACGAGGCGUCUCCUGGCCCAACGCCAGCAAUGUCUUGUUUUCACCGUGGAUGCAUACGUGGAUGUGCGAGCAGCCGGUGUAUAACACGGGCCAGUGUCUCCGACAGUGCCUUGGGUUGGCACAGUCACAAUCACACCGUCUCUAG